CCUGAAGUUAUAAGUACAUAGCUAGGUACAUACAGCAUUGUAAUCAGAAAUCUAAACCGCAUCACUCCCUAGCCAUUUCACAGCAGUCAACGCUUUCCAUAUUACUGCAAGAAGAGGGCUGUCGCCAAAUACACUCGCCCGUUCGGAUUCACACGACAAUACUCUUCCGCUCAACAUAACAACAACAAUGCCCUCCCUCGCAAGAGCCGUUCUGCUCGCCCUCGCAACCUUGACGGCAACCGGCACCACGACCGCCGCAGCACCCACCAGCAGCGGCCCCCACCCGACCAGACGGGCCGACUACCACCCGUCGUCGGCACCCCAAGAGGACGACUACUGCGGCGAGGCCGUUCCGCGGUACAGCCACGGGCCGUCGGCGCCGCUGGUGGCGGACUGCCGGGCGCUGUCGGACGCGAACCCGGGGCCGGGGUACUGGCUGGUGACGGCUAGCGAGACCGAGUCGCGGGAGGUGGCGGGGGCGGCCGGGGCGGACGACCGGUGGACGCGGCUGGCGGCGAGCGGGACCUGCGCCGUCGAGGUCCGGCUGAGCCACCAGAACGACGCGGCCCGCGGCGGCCCGGGCGUGGUCGACUACCGCUUCGGCACCAACGACCUCCGCUUCUACGUCCGCGCCCACCUCACCGACGCCAACGCCCGGGACGGCCGCGCCGGCGUCAGCAGCGGCGUCUGGUGCCGCAGGGGAGACGUGCAAGGGCAAGUGGUCGUCGACUUCAGGUUCGUCUCUGCUUAAAGAAAAGGGGUGUGAAG